CGCGUGGCGGCGUCGUAUCGCGCGCGAAGGCGCGAGACCACGUGACUAGCCGGUAGAUCGGCGAUUGGUCGGCGGUGCGACAUUUAAACCGACGAGCCGUUGCGUGUCUUCCGCGACAAGGUGAAAAACAGCAGUUCGAACAGAAGUUCGGCGAACGGACGAGUUCCACGGUAUUCCGAGUUGGCGGAGGCGCGCGUUCACACGACCGUUGGAUCUUCCUGCCGCUUCAUCCCGCUCGCGAGCGCGCGAUACAGGAGCUGCACGAUAAUUGCGAGAAUCAAGUCGACGUUGGCCCGUUAUUUAAACCGCCUCUUGUCUUGUCAUAUCUCUCGUGCGCCGCAAACAUACCGCCGGUCGCGCGAGUCAACGUGACGAACGUAGGGUGUAUUACGUAGUUCGAGGUCCCUUUGCCGGCGCGCGAUGUCCAAGGACGACGAGUGUACGAUACCGAAUGUGAUAUACGAUGCCAACACCGGCAACAGUUACAUGAAGGGCCGGUUUUUCGGCAAGGGUGGCUUUGCAAAAUGUUACGAGAUCACAGAGACAAAGUCGCAUCAAGUUUUUGCUGGAAAAAUUGUGCCAAAGUCAUUGAUGAUAAAGAGCAAUCAACGAGAGAAGAUGACGCAAGAAAUAGCAAUUCAUAAAACCUUGAACCAUAGACAUAUUGUUGGUUUUCAUGGUUUCUUUGACGAUUCUCAUAAUAUCUAUAUUAUCUUGGAACUCUGUCGCAAAAGAUCAAUGAUGGAGUUACACAAACGUAGGAAAGCACUGUCAGAAUGUGAAACCCGAUACUUUAUGAAGCAAAUCUUGGAUGGAGUUUUUUAUUUACAUCAGCAUAGAAUAAUUCACAGAGAUUUAAAAUUAGGGAAUUUAUUCUUGAAUGACGAAUUGCAAGUGAAGAUUGGUGAUUUUGGAUUAGCAACUAAAUUGGAACAUGAUGGUGAACGAAAAAAAACUGUUUGUGGCACUCCGAAUUAUAUAGCUCCAGAAGUGCUGACGAAAGUCGGACAUUCGUAUGAGGCCGACGUAUGGAGUAUCGGCUGCAUAAUGUAUACUCUACUCGUGGGCAAGCCACCCUUCGAAACAUCGAGUUUGAAAGAGACAUAUUCCAGGAUUAAGCAGGUGCAGUACAAAACACCGCAACACAUCAGCAAGCCUGCUAUGAACAUGGUAGCAAAUAUGUUACAACUGAAUCCGUCGAGACGCCCGUCUGUCGCCAAACUGAUGAAGGAUAUUUUCUUCACUUCUGGAUAUAUGCCGACAAGUUUGCCGCUUUCUUGCUUGACAAUGGCACCGCGUUUAGACAUGCUUGAGUCGCAUUGCAAUCGCAAACCACUUGGAGAGAUGAAUCUUAAUGGCUUCUCGGAGCAGGACAUCCUUGCCUCUCGAAUGCCAAAUAGUCCAUUGCGAAAAACCAAGCUUAGUACUGAGGUAAUAGAACCACAGAGAGUCAAUCACGAUAUCAAGAAGAUGCUUUAUACAUUGAAGGAACAGCUGGCUGCAGUGUUGAAAUAUAAGCCUUCUAAAGAUAUAACUUCUUCAGGAGAUGAAAUGACUGAUCCGGCGGCGCAACCUGUAAUUUGGAUUAGCAAAUGGGUGGAUUAUUCAGAUAAAUACGGUUUCGGAUAUCAAUUGUCUGAUGAUGGCGUUGGUGUAAUGUAUAAUGAUGGCACACGAUUGAUUAUGCUAGCGAAUGGCUUCAAUAUUCAUUAUAUUAAUCGUGAGGGCGACGAGUUGUACUACACGGUCAAAGAGUAUCCGACUAAUCUCGAAAAAAAGAUGAAAUUAAUGAAUUUCUUUUUGAAAUACAUGAAUGAGCAUUUGAUGAAAGCAGGCGGCUCUAUCGCGGUGAAGCAGAGUGAUUCUCUGUCUAGAAUACCUUACAUACAUCAAUGGUUUAGGACCCAAACGGCCGUCGUGAUGCAAUUGACUAAUGGCACAGUGCAAGUCAACUUUUUGGAUCAUGCAAAGAUCAUUAUGUGUCCUCUAAUGGCGGCAGUCACCUAUAUUGACCAUGAUAAGAAUUUCAGAACUUAUAGAUUCCAGACUAUUCAGGAGCAUGGUUGCUCUAAAGGAUUGGCAAAGAAUUUGAUGUAUGCAUAUGAGAAGAUUGGAUUGAUGCUGGCAAACUCUCAAAUCCGAUAAAAAUGGUCUAUUCUAAGAGAAAAUGAGAGAGAUAAAAAAAGAGGAAAAAAAUGCUGCGCCUCCUGGUACCGUAAAUCUAUCUUUAGAAACGCAACAUUUAUAUUUAUUUUCUGAUAAUGCUAUCUUUGUAGUGAAAAAGAAAAAUUCUCCCUCUAUUUCUCACUCGAUUUUUGUACAGACUUAUAGAAUUUUGCUAGGCGAAUUUUUUUCCUUUAUUAUUUAGUACGAAAAGAGAGAUAGAGAAGAGGGAGAAGAGCCGAUCGUGUUCAACGAAGGCGAGAUACCUCGCGACAAGAUCUUCGGCUUAUUUCCAUUCUAUUUUUCAGUAUGCCGUUUCUCAUAAACAUUAAAAUAAAUUAAUUAAUUGUUAUCGAGCCUUCUGUUAUGUUUCCAAAUAUAAUAUGAAAUCGUAACUGCUAAUAUACAUUAAAGUUAACCUUAACAUUUAAAAUUCUAAAAAAAUCUUCACUCUUAUAUUCCUAUUUUGUAUUAUUCUCCUGUCUAAUUUCUUAUUUCCUCUAAAUUAUUAUUUCCUGUGCUAGUUGCUCAGAAUCCUGCGAGAUACUUCUUGUCUUCGUUGCUCCACAACAAUUGCCUAAAAGAUAUUCUGCUCUGACUUUGCAAGUGAAUCGUCUUCCAUCCAGAAAUCCUAUUAUGCCUAUUACAAAAAAAAGGAAAGUGAGGGUAAGGAUUAUCACGAUUCAAUGGAGUAGUGCAAUCUAAUGUCUGAUUUCAUUCUCGCAGUUGAGAUGAGAAACGAAAUUUCGCAGAAGCUAGGUUUCUGACUAAUGGUUCACUAGCUUAAAGUUUCUCAUUCAAAUUUGUUCAAAGCAAUGCGACUAAAUGUUAAUCUCUGAACUAUAAUUCUUAAACUCUGAUAACAAAAACUUAUUUGAGAAAGGACUUAUAUUGCAAAACUUUUUAUAAUGACUUAUAUGUUUAAGGUUUUAACGACAAAAAAAAAGUAAUAAC